AUGGCGACGACAACGCCGCGCCGCACGUCGACGCCGAUCCGCGUGCUGUCAGGCAGCACGCUUUCGUCGCAUGCGGGGCGUUCACAGAGACCCACAGUAACUCCGCUCACGUUCCUCGAGGAUGAAGCACUACCGAUCCUGGCCGAGGAGACAGCCGCGCUCCAUGCGAACCUGGCCGACAUGGCCGACAUCCACCAGUCUCUGAGCACCUUUAACGAAAGCUUCGCCGCGUUCCUCUACGGCAUCAAGAUGAAUGCAUUCUGUGUAGAGUGGCCCGAGUACGACUGCACCACCGGUGCGGCAGCGAGUACCGCCUGCCGUGCUCAAGCGCCGGACCGUAUGUAUUGUUGGCUUACGCAGACCUUUGCCGACGAUAUUAUCGAUACCAUGCCCCUCGAGUACCGCCAGGGCGAUCCCGUGCGUAGCGCUGACUGA